UUGUCAAACAUUUAAGUUUAAACGGGCGCGUGCGGGAGCGUGGAUAUGUCACGCCAUACCAUGAAUUAAACAUAAAAUUAAAUUAAAUAAAACAAAUAUAAGUGCGUAUCAGUCAAACGUAACACUAGGCAGCCGUUCUCUGUCAAUGAUAUUUUUUUUCAACGCCAAAAACACGAAUAAUUAUUGAUAUUAGUGUGAUUAAUGAACAUGACAAGCACAGGACAAAAACACGAGCUUUGAAUCAAGGUUUUGAAGAAACUGGAUCUUGUAGAGCUGCUGUCUUCAUACGUCAAUGCCUCGGAGAAAAUAUUUUUUUUUUUAAAUCAGCUGGUCUCUGACAAUCACUUUUAAGCAAUUUCUGACCAACAAUCCAAAAUCAGAGGCCUUGCUUUUAAAUUGAUGCUUAAGGUUGAGACUAAAGAUUUUCACCUUGAUGUUUGCAAGAGAUGUUAGGACUGUUGUAAGUCUAACCGAAGGAACUUUCAAGACACAAUCAAAUUCAUCAUGCAUCUAGAGGUGAAGGUUGCAUUGAACUUCAUAGUGUCCUACUUAUACAACAAGCUCCCUCGCCGUAGGGCGGAUCUGUUCGGUGAGGAGUUGGAGCGUAUCCUGGUGUCCCGCUUUGAAGGGCACUGGUACCCUGAGGCUCCUUUACGUGGUUGUGCCUUCCGCUGCCUCCAUCUGGGAGCUUCCGGGGACCCUGUGGUGGAGCUGGCAGCCAGGAGGAGUGGUCUGGACACAGAAGAGGUCCGUACCAACGUUCCUCCAGAGCUCUGCAUCUGGAUUGACCCCUAUGAAGUGUCCUACCAGAUUGGGGAGAAGGGUGCAGUGACAGUCCUGUACAUGGAGGAUCCUCCAGGUUUAGGGGGCAACGCUGAAAGGUCUGACAUUGCUUUCAAAGGAGACGUGGAGUUUGAGGACAUCAAAAGUUUGGGCUUUAAUCCAGAGGCUCAGGUGUUCAUACCCAUUGGUGGCCAGGUGUCGCCGGUCAUGCUAUCCUCACUCUCCAGUUCACCAACUCCUCUUUCUACCUCGUCUUGCCCAGGACUCUUCGGCUACGCCACUCCCAGCACUCCCACAAAUCCCAGCUCUCAUUCCUCCAAUACAGCCACUCCAUCGCCACCAAGUGCUGGUCUUUUGUACUCUACACCCAACCCCCGGCCCACACCUCAACCUAUAACCUUCACCACAGCCAGCUUUGCCGCCACCAAAUUUGGCUCCACCAAGAUAAAGAAGUAUGGAAACCCCGGUGUUACUUCUGGUUCUGGCGUCACCACGGCCCCGCAACAGAGAAUUAUCACGCGCUCCCCUAGCAUCAUCUCCCCACCGGGACUGGUCAAGCACAAACCCCUUUCCCUCUCCAUGCACUCUCUAGCUGGUCCCAUCCCAAGCCAACUGUCUCCUAAUGCCAAAGAGUUUGUGUUUCCCACUUCCCAGAGGCCCAUCUACUUUGAUGUUGAAGUUUCGCCAAUGACGGCAUUUCAGGCUCCACAACCACACGCCUCCUUCGAUCCAUUCUCCAGUCCACAACCAGGUCAGGCUGUGGGAAUCAUUGGAGGCAACAGCGGAAUUUCCUUCAUGGAUAAACCUCCAUUCGUGGAAGGACUCGGAUACAACCUGCAGUAUUCCGGCCAGGCCUUCCAACCUGUGGUCUUGGCCAACUAAAGUCUCAGAGUGAAAGAGAUCCCAAUGCUGAAACCCUUUCCUUGAGGACAUUUGUCCCCCUCCACGAAUCACUGUUACUACCACCGUGUUAAAUCAAGAGUAUUAUGACUACUAAUUGAGUAUAACUUGUGAUUGUUAGUUUUCCGUUAAUUUGUUUCUUGUUUCAUGAUGUUUAUUUAUGAAUUGACUAUCUCUUGGAGUAACCAGCCUCCUGUUGCACAGAUGUUUGUGUUUGUUGUUUUCAGUAAUGAGUCACUUUAUCUUUGUUUGUCUUUUAUAAUCUUUGGUUAAUGCUACUUUUUUAAAAUUGAUUCUGGGAAAAAAAGCUAAUAUUCUUAGAGAAGAUUCUAGAUGCCUAAAAGGGAUUUUUGGGAUGGUGUUUAUGUUCAGAAACAUGACGCUCUGGAGAUUACAGCUGUGUUAACUAACCAUUUGGUCACACCUUGGUUGUCAUAAUUGUGGAUUAAUGCUAAUUUUAUGACAUGUGCUCUGAAGCGACGUGGGUCUGGUGCUCUUGAGCUGAUGAUUAAGAGGCAGUUCAUAUCUGAUAUUUUGGAUUAGUUUUAGAAUUCUCCUUUUCAGUUUGAACACAUUGAGCCAAAUCCUGAUGAAACCAGCCAGAAUUUAUACCGGUUUCUAGUGAGUCAGAUUGGGAAUUGAUGUAUAUUUUAAUAUUCUGGCAGAUCAGGUAAAUUCCGACACUGUAGACGCAGACUAAAUGAUGGAUUGCUGGAUUGUGGUUCCACACUUGGCUUCCUGGUCAGAGGUGCGUGAAGGUACUGGUUGAAGGUUUUGAUAAACGCAAGAGUGUCUUUGAAGGGAUGGGACACGAAAUUCAACGUCAUUGGUGUGGAGAUGCACAGAUUAGCUUUCGGUCACAGAAACGUGUGUUGAAUUUAAUGCUUUAUUUUUACGUUCCAUAGGUUGUAAAAGGUGGUUUGCAAGGGAUGCUACAGUGAAAAUUGCACUUCAUUUUCUCUGCUGUAGGACUGUUGUGUCAUAUUCUGACUGCAGUGGUUGUGUUUUGUGAAGUGUUUUAUUGCGCUAAGAUAGAGGCUGGUGUUCUAGAAUCAUUUUGAAGGUAGGAGCCAAUGCUGUCUUCCUUUAUGACAUCACUUCCCCCUCAGCGUACCGCCCCAUCCAGCCGCCCUGCACUUUACGCACAGGCCUAUGGAAACUCCGCAAUGCUUCACAAUAAACACUAUAUGCUAGAUGCUAAAGGUUCUUUACUCACCCUUUAAUUGCCAAUUAUGGCUAAACUAUAGCUUGGUAAUGUAGUUUAAAGAUUGUAUUAAAUUAACUUUCGAAGAUGUCUGGGCGAGACUGUACUUCUUGUGAUGUCCUUCGUCGACAUUCGAAAAGUGAACAUCAGAUUCAUGAAUAUACAUGUUUCCAUUGGCUUCAUUUGGGGUGGGCGGGGUUUAGAUUUCUCUAUUAAUGCUACGGCUGGGUGUAUUUUUACAUUCGUUUGUAAUUUAUUUACAAGUUUUCUAUGCUUUUUUUUGUUUUUUCAAAAGAGUUCUCUACAGCAUUUGUAAAGCAAAUUAAGAGAUAUAUAUAAUGACACUAAUAUGUAUAUAUUUCUUAUGUUCCAGAUCUUUUGUUUAGUUUCCUACGUGCUGAAGUUAUUUUUUCAGAACUAACUAUAAGAAUAUAAAUAUAUAUGCAAGAUGAAAUGACUAAUAAAGUUUGUUUAACGAAGUGCUGAAUGUGUAUUGUACCUUCUACUGGAGUCAUUUCAAUUUAACACUAGUAGUUUUCGGUUUGAUGCUCUUGAAGUCCUUGAUUUCUUAAUACAGUUUGACAUUUAAGUGUUUUAAAGCACAGUGUAUAAACCUCCUAUCAUCCUUGAUGUUCAAACCCAAAAUAUUGAGUUCCUUAGGCAUUGCAGGUUUCUCUCAAAUUAACAGUAUAAUUCAAAGAUCCUUUAAUCAUUUUGUCGAUAUCGAUCCUGUCUAUUUGGGAAAUGGUCUAAAAUUCUCAUUUUGGAAAUUGUGGUAGUAUUGUAAUGUAAUAGAAAACAAAAGAACACCAUUAACGUUAAUAAAAGUUUUUCAGGUUUGUAACACAA